GCCGGCCGGCGCCUCGCCUCUGCGCGCGGAGAUGGUGUAGCCCGGUCGCCCGAGCCGGAGCCGCCUCUGCUCGCGCGUCCCCGCGGCGUCCGCCUCCCCGCCUGAAGAGAGACCCUCCGCUCGGCGUCUCCCGCGCCGGGGAAGCCUCGGCGCCGCCGGCACCAUGAGUGAACAGAGUAUCUGUCAGGCAAGAGCUGCUGUGAUGGUUUAUGAUGAUGCCAAUAAGAAGUGGGUGCCAGCUGGUGGCUCAACUGGGUUCAGCAGAGUACAUAUAUAUCACCAUACAGGCAACAACACAUUCAGAGUGGUGGGCAGAAAGAUUCAAGAUCAUCAGGUCGUGAUAAAUUGUGCCAUUCCUAAAGGGCUGAAGUACAAUCAAGCUACACAGACUUUCCACCAAUGGCGGGAUGCUAGACAGGUGUAUGGUCUCAACUUUGGCAGCAAAGAGGAUGCCAAUGUCUUCGCAAGUGCCAUGAUGCAUGCCUUAGAAGUGUUAAAUUCACAGGAAGCAGCCCAGAGCAAGGUUACUGCUACCCAGGACAGCACUAAUUUGCGAUGUAUUUUCUGUGUGUUCUAUUUAGGGCCAACAUUGCCUAGACAAAAUACACAGCUACCUGCUCAAGUUCAAAAUGGCCCAUCCCAAGAAGAGUUGGAAAUCCAGAGAAGGCAGCUGCAAGAACAGCAGCGACAGAAGGAUCUGGAGAGGGAGAGGCUGGAGAGAGAAAGAAUGGAGAGAGAAAGGCUGGAGAGAGAGCGACUAGAAAGAGAGAGGCUAGAGAGGGAGCGCCUGGAACAAGAGCAGCUGGAGCGGCAGAGACAGGAAAGGGAGCACAUGGAGCGCCUGGAGAGGGAGCGGCUGGAGCGCCUGGAGAGGGAGCGGCAGGACCGAGAGCGCCUGGAGCAGCUGGAGCGCGAGCAAGUGGAGUGGGAACGAGAGCGAGAGCGCAGAGUGUCCAAUGCUGCUCCAUCUUCAGACAGCUCCCUGUAUAAUGCUCCACUUCCUGAGUAUUCCAGUUGCCAGCCUCCUUCAGCACCUCCUCCAUCAUAUGCUAAAGUCAUCUCAGCUCCAGUGUCAGAUGCCACUCCUGAUUACGCUGUAGUGACUGCUUUGCCACCUACUUCCACACCCCCUACACCACCACUGCGACACUCAGCGACACGUUUUGCAACAUCUCUAGGUUCAGCCUUCCACCCUGUUCUUCCCCAUUAUGCUACAGUUCCUCGUCCUCUGAACAAAAACUCUCGACCUUCUUCUCCUGUGAACACACCCUCUUCUCAGCCUCCAGCUGCGAAGUCCUGUGCCUGGUCUACUUCCAAUUUCUCGCCCCUCCCUCCAUCUCCUCCGAUAAUGAUUAGCAGUCCUCCUGGCAAAGCUACUGGCCCAAGGCCUGUCCUCCCCGUUUGUGUCUCCUCUCCUGUGCCCCAAAUGCCUCCGUCACCGACAGCACCCAAUGGGCUGCUGGACUCUGUAACAUACCCAGUGUCUCCACCGCCUACCUCAGGGCCAGCAGCGCCGCCUCCUCCGCCACCGCCGCCUCCACCACCACCGCCACCACCGCCGCUGCCUCCCCUCGCCUCACUCUCACACUGUGGAUCACAGGCUUCUCCUCCUCCAGGCACCCCUCUUGCCUCAACUCCCUCAUCCAAGCCCAGUGUUCUCCCUUCUCCCUCUGCAGCUGCCCCUGCCUCUGUGGAGACCCCUCUAAAUCCUGAGCUGGGAGACUCCUCUGCUUCCGAGCCAGGCUUGCAGGCAGCCUCUCAGCCGGCCGAGACGCCAACCCCACAGGGCCUUGUCUUGGGACCACCUGCACCUCCACCACCUCCACCCCUCCCACCAGGCCCUAACCACACCUCAGCACUCCCUCCUCCCCCUGGACCUCCUCCACCACCUCCACUUCCAUCCACUGGGCCUCCUCCACCGCCUCCCCCACCCCCUCUUCCUAACCAAGUUCCUCCCCCUCCUCCCCCACCUCCUGCCCCUCCCCUCCCUGCAUCUGGAUUUUUCUCUGGAUCUAUGUCAGAAGACAAUCGCCCUUUAACUGGACUUGCAGCUGCAAUCGCAGGAGCAAAACUUAGGAAAGUGUCUCGGGUGGAGGAUGGCUCUUUCCCAAGUGGAGGGGGUACUGUAGGUGUGAACUUGGCCUCAUCCAAAGGAGAUGCUGGUCGUGGGAAUGGACCCCUUCCUCUAGGGGGGAGUGGCUUAAUGGAAGAGAUGAGUGCCCUGCUGGCCAGGAGGAGAAGAAUUGCUGAAAAGGGGUCAACAAUAGAAACAGAACAAAAAGAAGACAGAAGUGAAGAUUCAGAACCUAUAACUUCCAAGGCCUCUACAACAAGUACACCUGAACCAGGUAGAAAACCUUGGGAGAGAACAAACACAGUGAAUGGCAGUAAGUCACCUGUCAUCUCCAGACCCAAAUCUACACCUUCGUCACAGCCCAGUGCCAAUGGAGUCCAGACAGAAGGACUCGACUAUGACAGACUGAAGCAGGACAUUUUAGAUGAGAUGAGAAAAGAACUGACAAAACUGAAAGAAGAGCUUAUUGAUGCAAUCAGGCAGGAACUGAGCAAGUCGAACACUGCAUAGAGAAGCAAACUGAGGAGAGACAGGACUGAAUCUGGAGAAAAACAAAACUUCCUACAAACAACUGUUAACACCCCCUACCAUUUUUAAGCUGUGAGAAGAAACUGGAUACACAGUCAGGAGGGAAAAACGCGCCAAACUCUGAAAACCUUCAGAUGCAGCAACUCUGAAUCAGCUGCGCCCUCCCAGCGUGCUGCUCUUGUCCUGACCUUUACUGCAGGAUGAAGAAUUGUGUUUGAGUUCCCAAGCAGUACUAAAUCUGGCAGGCAAGAAGUAUUUUCAUGUCUAGGUGAAACUGCACGUUUUCCACAAUCCAUUGCUAAAAUAAAGAAGAGAAAGGCUUAGGGGGUUUUUAAGAAGGCGCUGAUGAAGCAUUUAAUUUAGCAAGUUCUGCUGUUGCAUUGUAAACGUUUCUCUCAGGUUUGUCUUCCUAUCAUAUUUGAUAUUCCACAAAGAGUUAAGAUCAUAAAGUAUGGAACAUAUGGAAUUGUAUGUGCUUUCAAAGGGUGGUAUUUAUCAGAAAGGUCCUACAAUGUUUAGUCCCACUUGAGGAAUUUUAGAAUGAUAGGAAGUCUUUCGGGUUAGCCUUCAUGCAGUUUUGUAGUUUAAAACAAAAUCCGUCCAGAAUUUAAAGAUUUAGAUGCCUUCCUAAAUUGUUACAAUGCUUUACCAAAUCUAUGACUUAUAUAUAACAAACAGUGGUCAAAUGUAAAACAUUCUAUUAUAGAUUUACUGUAGGUUUUCAACCUUUUUUAGACUUAUGCAUGCGGACAUUUUUAUAAUAUAAUUACAAUCACCACAAAGUUAGCUUUUUUAAUUACAGACAAUAAUGCAUGUCACACUAAUAUGUAGUGGCCUUUUCAAGGCCUAGUCCCAGGGAAAAUAUUUUGUAGAAUAUAGGGAAGUGGGAGGAUGGGGAGGAAUAAUUUUUUAUUUAAAGUUAAUUCUGCACUAUCUUUUUUUCUCAAUAAUCUGCAUGAAUUAUAAUGAGAAACUCCUCGUGACUUUAAUCGAUAAACAUGUUAACAAAACCAAGUACUUAAUCUUUUACGUCAUGUCUUCAGCUGUUUGUAUUUUAACCAGCAAUUUCAAUGGUCUGAAGCAUGAUUCUGAGCUUCACAGGAGUUAUGUCUUGCUGUGGAACUCAAAAGUUUGAUCCCUGAAUUUAGCAGUUGCUGUCACUAGGUCCCUGCAAUGCUGCAGGUGUUUGGGUACAUGCUCCUGACUUUGAAGCUGCUCUUGACCUUUGCUGUGCUAAAAUACAGGAAAUAUCAAUGGUGGCAGCAAUUAGGGUCACAGAAAUCACCAGGUAACGGGAAACCAAUGGGGAAUUCUGCAGUUUUCUUUUAGUAAAACUGAAGUGAGACUUAGGUGGUAGGAAGGGUCUGAUGCUGUUAGGCCCUGAUAGGCCCUGACGAGGGGUGUGUGUGUGUGUGUGUGUGUGUGUGUGUGUGUGUGUGUGUGUGUGAGAGAGAGAGAGAGAGAGAGAGAGAGAGAGAGAGAGAGAGAGAGAGAAUGAAUGUGAUGGGGAUGUGUUCUACCCCUUUAUGAUAUAAUUGGCAAAGUUAAAAUAAGGGAGAAAUCCUAUUUGUUGUAAUGUUAGCUGCUUUUUGGAAAAUCUAGGAAAUCAAAACUUCUCCAGACUCUCCAUCACAAUUUAUGCUUGAGUUAUUAAUGUGCCAUACUUGCUUUGGAAUCUUACUAAAAAAGAAAAUGGAAGAAAUAACCCACUUUCAUUUGCUUUUUAGAUUUCAGACUUCUCAGUUUUAAAACAAACUUGGUGAUCGCGUGGUUUUCUAAACACUGCAGUUCGCACUCAUUACGGAGAAGUCUAAUGAGGAUUUUUUUUUCCUUUUUAAGAGUUUGUUUCUGUAGAAACUUCACUUUUAGAUUAAACUGUGAGGGAUGAGCUAUCAUAGUUCAAAUACACAGCUCUUUUUCUACCCAUUGUUGUCAUGCAGUAAUAGUAAAGGCAUUAAUGAUGCGGCAAGCUUAUAAGUUGUUCUCUACAAGAAAUAGGCAUUUCAUUUUACUGUUGAACUUGGAUUAUGCAGCUACUUUAAUAAUGUAAAUGUGUACAUCCCUUACAGAUCUGAUCAAAAAUCACUCGAUUUGUUGCUGAAGUGAAAUAGUCUAUAGUAGGUAGAGUACUGGAUAUAAGUGGUCCAAAGUGAGACAGAGUACUAAAGGCAAAUGCUAAGUCCUAAAAGAAACUGGUUUAUGCACUAAACGUUUUGUGCCUUGGUCUAAUAUUUAACACAAUGUCUGUGUAAGAUGAUAAAAAAAAAAAGAACCAGUGUUGACUCAUGCUAUAUCCUCCAUAAUAUUGCAUUAUCCCACAUGGCUAAAUGUAUUCCUUCUUAGAAGCUUAAUUGGACUAUUCUAUGCGUUCACUGUCAUACAUGACAGUCUUGUCAUUGUUAGAGAUUUCAGUGAUUAAAAUGGGAAACAGAAGCUUAGGUUAUUUUCCCAAAACCGUUCCUUGGAAGCAUAUGAUGAUGAUGAUGAUGGGUUUUGCUUUUGUGUGUUGAAUGUCCUCAGCUGAGUACAGUUUAGGGACCCUUUCUAACUACAGGAAGGCACUGCUCUCCUCAACACUGUGAUCUGACCUGCGACAACUCCGUACAACACACUUUGUGAAUGGCUAGCAAGUCGAUAGCGAACUAACUGAAUGUACAAACCUUAGUGCUGGUGCUGAAAUCUCUGAAGAAUAGUCGUCAUGAUCUCAAAGUCUGUCUAAAGACUUACAGACCUAAUGUGUCAAUCAGAACUAAAGAUGAAACACUGAUGAAUGUUGAAUCCUCAUGCUGCAGGUGUGUUUCCUGUUUAGGUUUUUCAGUUCUCUGCUGUUUUUACCAUACCUGUUUCAUUUAAAUUUCCUACACGCUAACUUCAUUUGUGCGAUUGAAAUAAAAUUUCAGUAUAUACAUGUUUCUUGUUUGUGACACUUAGAUGACCUUCUGAAGUAAUGUGUUAAUUCUAAACCAAGUGAUACUGGGUGAAAAUUAGCACCUAACGAAGCCCAAGGCUUUACUGUUUACAGUUUAUACAUCAUGCCACUGUUCUUUAAGAUUUCAUCAAAAUCAGGAAUAGUAAAUAACACAAAGGGAAUAUGUAAUGAUCUCUCUGCCUUUUAUUUUGAAGUAAGUGUUGUGUGUCCUUAUAUCUUACAUUUUCUCAGCACACCUUGACACAGUGUCUUUUAUAGUCAAGAUGGUGAAAUAUGUUUUACCUCAUUUUUUUGUUCUAGAACAUGAUCAUAUACUUCAUCUCUUACACAGCACAGUUCAUUUUUGUUCAUAUAAUUUGCAGAUUAAAGGCUAUUGCCAAGAGAUUAACUUUUUAAA